GGCAGCUGCGCCUGCCUGUGGCCGGCGAGCGGGGGGCGGAAGGGGUGGUCGGGCCCGGAAGCGGAACGGGCAAAGGCGGAAGUGAGGGCCGGGGCCUGCGAGACGCACCGGCGGGAGCGGCGCUGCGGGCGUUGCAACCUGCCUACAGGUGGAGAACCUGCAGCAUCCUUAACUCUAGGCACUCCUGCACUUAGACCACCACAAUGGCAGGUCGAGGUGGAGCUGCCCGACCGAAUGGACCAGCUGCUGGGAAUAAAAUCUGCCAGUUCAAACUUGUUCUCCUGGGCGAGUCAGCAGUGGGGAAGUCCAGCCUGGUCCUGCGCUUCGUCAAGGGGCAGUUCCACGAGUACCAGGAGAGCACAAUUGGAGCUGCCUUCCUAACACAGACAGUGUGUCUGGAUGACACAACGGUGAAGUUUGAGAUCUGGGACACGGCGGGGCAGGAGCGAUACCACAGCCUGGCCCCCAUGUACUACCGGGGGGCUCAGGCUGCCAUCGUGGUCUACGACAUCACCAACACAGACACAUUUGUACGAGCCAAGAACUGGGUGAAAGAGUUGCAGAGGCAGGCUAGCCCCAAUAUUGUAAUUGCACUAGCAGGAAACAAGGCAGACCUUGCUAACAAGAGAGCUGUGGACUUCCAGGAUGCACAGACAUAUGCAGAUGACAACAGCUUGCUGUUCAUGGAGACGUCAGCGAAGACAGCAAUGAAUGUGAAUGAAAUCUUCAUGGCAAUAGCCAAGAAACUGCCAAAAAACGAACCCCAGAACGCUCCUGGUGGCCCGGGCAGGAAUCGGGUGGUGGACCUUCAGGAGAGCAGCCAGCCCAGCAGAAGCCAGUGCUGCAGCAACUGAGCAGCUGCUGCAGCCCACGAGCCCUUGGAGGAGUGACUGGAACCCACGCUAACGAUCGCACUUACCGUAGGGCGGCUGCUGCCGGCGCCGCUGUGAUUCUCCAUCCCUUUCUGAUCAUAGGCUGGAGGGAGUUCUUCCACCUGCACCUUUCUGUACAAAUACUAAUUCAAUUCUAAGUCUUAAGUCACUUUUUUAAUAUAUGAACUUCUGCUCUUCCCUCUUCCUGGUGGUGGUGGAUGCAGGAGCUGGUGUCUGCCCAGCCAGCGUGGCCGUCCCGCAGGUGAGGCCAGCAGCAGCCAGGUCCCACAGCACUGUAGUUCACUAUGGGAAACAAAGGGAUAUUGGGACACGUGUUAAAGUUCCCUGUCUGUAAGAGCUGAGGCUGAUCCCGUAUGAUGUGCCCAGAACAACCACUAAACUGUAGCAUUAGAGACAAACUCCGGCUCUUGGGCCACUUAUUGACCAAAUCAACGAUGAGUAUUUGGGGUGGGGCAGAGGGAAGCAAAACUGGUUUCUUCUGUAUUUUGUAUUGUAUGUUUCUCCAUGUAACCAAUCAGUAUCUUGUCAAUAUAGUACAUCCAACGA